AUGCCACCCAAGAUUCAUCUCGUUCGGCACGUCGAGGGUGUCCAUAAUUUGGGACGAGAAAACUGGAAUAUCACCGACCCUCAAAUUACCGAAAAAGGAAAGACGCAAUGUAAAACUCUACGCGAGGAUUUCCCUUACCAUUCUACAGUUGAAUUGGUCGUUGCAUCACCACUGCGGCGAACAAUUCGAACAGCCUUGGAGGGAUUCGCUCCUGUAUUUGAGAAAAAAAAGGACCUGAAGUUGAUUUUGAACGCGGAUCUUCAAGAAACCAGCGACUUCCCAUGUGACAUUGGCAGCAACGUUGCAAGCCUGCGCAAAGAAUUUGAACAUAGCAGUGUAUCACUAGAUUUCGACCUUGUCCCCGACAAUUGGAACCGAAAGACUGGUCGAUACGAUCCCGGAAGAGAGGCAGUCUCGGCUCGAGCUCGCGCAGCAAGGCUUUGGUUGAAAGCAAGGCCCGAGAAAGAAAUUGUGGUUGUCGCGCAUGGGGGGCUCAUGCAUUUUUUGACCGAAGAUUGGGAGAACUGUUGUCAAUAUGAAGCAACCGGCUGGCGCAAUGCGGAAUACCGCACCUACGAAUUCGAUGCCGCCAAAAUUGAUGAGGACCUGCCUCUACUGGAGACGUCGGAGUCACGUUUGCGACGUGGUAAGACCGGCGCUCAGCCAAGCCACGAAGACCAAAUAUCACUUCGCUUGGCAGGCUUGCAGGGCUGGGCCAACCAAGGAUAUGCGGUGCCUGAAAGAACAAUAGACGGAAAUUACUGA